GAAUCGAGAAACGGUGGAUCGCGCGAUGGCGGAUGCGAAGAGCAAGAAAGCGCGGUCCACCGCUAAACCGGCGCCGUCGGGGAUUCCGUUACCGCGCGGGAAAGAAAACGCUCGACCUUCAUUGAGCGCCGCCGAGAAAAGAGCGUCCUUCGCGAAGGAACCCGCUGGCAGAACUCGAGUCUCGAUCGACUGCGCUACCGAUCGCUCGGCUCAAACCAGUCGCGCGUUCGCUGACGUGACCAAGAAGGCUCCGUUCAAGAUCCACUGUGACCAGAAGAAUGUCCCGAGGGAAGAAUCUCGAGAAGAAUCGCGGCCGCGAAAUCGCGCGACGAGCGAAGUCGCUGCCGAAGCGACGCGAAAGCGGUCGACGGUCGACAAGACCGACGACUCGCGGCUCGAUAAAAACCUCCCGCGUUCCAAGAUACCCCGUCGCUCCAGGUCGUGUUCCGUGCCGACGGAGAGCGUUCUUUCCAAACGACCGACACUCGAUCCAAGAUCGAGAUUGGUCGAAAUCGACAGAACGGUUGUGACGUUGAAGAGGAAGCUCAGCGAGGAGACAAGCAGCAGAUGUCCGAACGAAAGAAACGAAACAAGAGCGAAGAAAUGCGGAGAAACGUGUCCGACGCUGUGCGACGGACGAGUUGCGUCACCGAUUCCGGCCGAGCCGGUGAUCCAGGAGAAGCCGGUGGACAAGAUUCGCAGGACCGAUCUCGCCAAAAAUCUCGGCCGUUCCGGGGACCGAGCCUCUCUGCCGGUCGAGCUGCUCUUCCACGCGGAGUAUCUCGAAGAUCUGCCGAUCAUCGAGCAGCAGAGGGAAGAGCGGUCCGUUCGACUGUCCGUCAACUUUCUGCGAGGCAACGUGAACGCGGAACAGAGAAGGCUGGUGAUCAUCUUCAUGAUCAGCGUAGGGGUGCAUUGCCGGUAUCCGUCGUUCGCCGUGUAUCAGGCGGUGAAGCUGUUCGACGCGGCGCUGGAUAGAAUCCCGAUGCAAACGCCGGUCGUGCAGCUGCACGCGUUGGCCAGCUUGUGGAUCGCGUUGAAGAAGCAAGAACACUUUCACAGGAUACCUACGGCUGCGAAGAUGGUAAACUUAGCUAAGGAGUUGUACCAGGACCGAGAAGAUUUACUGAUCGCGUGCGAGGCGAAGAUCCUGCAGGCUUUGGAUUUUAACUUGACGUUCGCGGACCCGUUCUCUCUCUUCAAUUAUCACCUGAUCAACUGCCAGCGUUGUUUAAACAUUUCCGAAGAGAGCGUCAUGUUUCUGUACAACUGUGGUGGCUACCUGAUCGACGUGACGCUGCUGGACGAGCAGUUCUGUCGAAAAGGCGCGGGUCUGAUCGCCGCGACGGCUGCCGAGCUGGCACUCGGUCUCGCCUUCGACGCGAUCGUGGACAACGCUCGACCGCGAUGGCUAUUCUGGAGGGGACUGCUUUCCGCCAACGUUCCUCGCUUAAUCGCCAAGUACCGGGACGAGGAAAUCGAUCGAUCUCGAGUCACGAUGCUGCGACGCGUUUUAAUUUCCGGCAAGAAGCGCUACGGUUUCGACGCGGUACACAAAAAGUACAGUCGCAGCAGACACGGCCGAAUAUCGGAACGUUUGCUGGAUCGAGCCAGCAGAGUAUCGCCGUCGGAAUCGUUGUUCGAUCUGUAACGAUCCGCGUUGGUAUCGGGGUAAGAAGGAAAAGGAAUAAAGAAAAAUGUUGCUUCGUU